GACAGACAACCAAUUUACAUAAUCAAGAGUCCAACUUGCAUUGUCACUGUUCAACUAAAUCCAACAAGUCCAGUAGUCUAGCCAGAAAAAAAUCCUCCUUCUUUUAAAUCUUAAAAUUCUCAAAAAAAAUCUCGAACUAAGUAAUUUCGAUGGCCAAUUUCUACAGGGAGGAAGGAAGAAUUUGCGGAGUAUUUCCGCUAGUUUUCACCCUUCUUGUCCUCAUCAUCGCGUCGACACAUGGCGAGCCAAGUGCGAUCAUGGGUAGUGGAGGUCCACCUCUGGAUGACGACGACGUUGGGUCCGUCUUGAUCAAUACGCUACAUGCUUCAGUCCAAACUACGACCGCCCCCACACCCGGUGCGACCCAGCAUGUCAUUCCAGACGUCGAGUGGAUGAAAUUAAAGGCCGCCACGAAGGGUGCUGGGUUGUCGGAUGCAAAGGCGGAACGCGUCCUGAGAGCGGUGAGGGCGUUGGACUUGAAGUAUCACGAGGUGGUCGAUCUAAAGAAAGUCAUGAUGAACCCGGCGACCUCUGCGGACUAUGCGGAACGCGUCCGUCGCGCGUUGGAAGAUGCAGUGGUGGAUUCGAACAUGAAAAAUUCCCAGUAUGAUACCGUCGCGUCGGAGCAUUUGCCCAGAAAUGCGAUUAAUAAUGCAGAUAACAAUAACCAUAUGGCUUCAAUUAGUAAUCGGGUUGGCAAGACGUGGGCAGGUUUGGCGCAGUCUGAUCUGUACAGUCCGUUUGGGAAGAGGUCGGCGCGGGCAGCGGGAGGAUCGCCAACGCCAGAUUUGAUGGGUGGGCCACAUGUGUUUUUUGGUACACCGUUGACAGCACCAGCUUUACCCGAGGAUUUGGACAAUUUAUGGGUUCUGGCGAGUCAUAUUAUUCCACGAAAGGAGGCAUUCGAACUCGUUCAGCAGGCUUACUUACUCAAACUCACGAGGUCACAAGUGUUCGAUCUUCAAACGGAGUUCGCCUCGGGUAAGAUGACACUCACCACGGGACUCGAACUGCUGGAGGCACUCAAGGCUAAAGCGGCGUUGGGAGGAGCAGGAUCGCCAGUGACGCCACCACCACAACAGCCACAACAACAACCCGAUCUGAGUCAGCCCUUGGAUGUCGCGACGUUACAGAGGUUGCAAACCGUGGCGGAGCUGAGCGGGUUGGACAGGGCUAAUUCGACAAGACUCGUCCGUGCCGUACAAAAUUCUGGCCUUGCUCAGGAGCAGGUAGACCUUUUGGGAGAAGCGAUCCAAACGUCAGCACCGACUGGAAAGGAUUUGGACAAGUUGGUCGACCACUUGGAAGAGACUGAUUUUAACCAGGCCUACGCUGCGAAGAAGAAGCAGGAUGGGAAACGUGGAGUGGAUAGUGGCGAAAGUCGGGGCGACGAAUUUCUCACCACGCCCGAGCAGGCAAAGGGAGCCGACUGGAUUUACGACCAAGGGAUCGACAAUCAGCAUGAACAACGCAACUUGAAUAAUGACUGGCAUGAUGGAGGUCAUCAAGGUCAACAGAGACAGUAUUGACGACAUAAUUUUCAUACCUUUUUGUGCUUCAACCUUAAAAAUAAUGAAUGAAUGAGAUGAUUUUGAUCAGUAAAAGUUAAUUAAUGUUACUUGACAUUAA